CGCUAAAUAAUUUGUUAGUGAAGACUUGUUGCUGCAGCGUUGUGGUCGUUACUUGCACAUUGUAUAAAAUAUGUCUGCUGUUACUAAAGGAGUGUAUAUCGUUGCCGCUAAGCGCACAGCUUUCGGUACGUUCGGUGGUGCUUUGAAGAAUGUGAACCAAACGCAAUUACAAACAACAGCUGCAAAAGCAGCAUUGGCUUCCGCUGGACUCCGUGGAGAACAAGUUGACACAGUUGUGAUUGGCAAUGUCAUAGCGUCAUCAUCAACUGAUGGCAUUUAUGUACCCCGUCACGUUGGUCUGAACUGUGGAGUGCCAAUCGAAAAGCCAGCGCUCGGCAUCAACCGUUUAUGUGGCUCAGGCUUUCAAUCAAUUGUUAAUGGAGCUCAAGACAUUUUAGUUGGUUCAGCGAAAGUCGCACUUACCGGUGGUGUCGAAAAUAUGUCACAAGCACCAUUUAUUGCACGCAAUAUACGCUUCGGCACAACUCUCGGAGUCAAUUAUAAUUUAGAAGAUGGCUUAUGGGCUGGAUUAACUGACUCUUACUGUAAAUUACCUAUGGCCUUAACAGCCGAAAAUUUAGCAGAUCAAUACAAAAUAUCACGAGAACGCGUUGAUGAAUUCUCAUUACGUUCACAACAAAAUUGGGAGAAGGGACAAAAGGAAGGUGCAUUCAAUGCAGAAAUUACACCAAUAAAACUUAAAGUGAAAGGCAAGGAAGUCGACUUUGUUGUAGAUGAACACCCAAGACCAAAAACGACUUUAGAAGGUUUAGCAAAGUUACAGUCAUUAUUUAAAAAGAAUGGUACAGUAACUGCUGGCACAGCUUCGGGUAUAUGCGAUGGUGCUGCUGCGGUUGUUGUUGUUUCUGAAGAAGCUGUUAAAGAGUACAACCUUAAACCAUUGGCACGUCUCGUUGCUUAUUCAUAUGUAGGCGUAAAACCGGAAAUAAUGGGUAUUGGCCCAGUACCUGCGAUACAAAAUGUACUCAAAUUGUCAGGAAAGACUUUAAACGAUAUUGAUCUAAUUGAAAUUAACGAAGCCUUCGCAGCUCAAACUCUGGCAUGUGCCGAUGCAUUAGGUUUGGAUAUGUCGAAACUGAAUGUAAAUGGAGGUGCUAUUGCAUUAGGACAUCCUCUGGGUGCCAGUGGAUCGCGUAUCACUGCUCACUUAGUACACGAAAUGCAACGCAAAAAACUAAAAUAUUCUAUAGGUUCAGCAUGUAUAGGCGGCGGCCAAGGUAUUGCUCUACUCUUGGAAUCCUGCUAGAUUUAUAGGCCUUUUAAUUAUAUACUAUUGUAACAAGAAACAAUGCAUUUUUAAAGAAUAAAUAUUGAAAUAUAUUAAAAAACUA